CUAUAAAAUGCUCGAGAAAAUCGGCGAGGGCGUCCAUGGCUGCGUGUUUAAGGCCAUCGAUCUGCAGCGCAACAAGGAGGUGGCCAUCAAGAAGGUGGCCCUUAAGAACAAGUUCGGAAACAUAGCCCUAAAUACGUUGAGGGAAAUCAAGACCCUGCAGCUCUGCAAGUCUGAAUAUAUUCUGGACAUCAUUGACAUAUAUCCCGACCUAACUGGUCUCUCCUUGGUGCUAGAGUACCAGCCGGACACUCUGUACAACCGCCUUAAGAGCGAGGUGAAUCCCCUGAGCCGCCAGCAGGUGCGCAAGUUUGCACACCAAAUGUUCAAGGGGAUUGCCUAUCUGCAUGACGCGGGUCUGAUGCACCGGGAUAUUAAGCCCGCCAACCUGCUGAUCAGCGAUACAGAUAUGCUCAAGAUUGCCGAUUUCGGACUGGCACGUCUGUACUUCCCUGAAGAGGAGUCGCGCCUUUAUUCGCCUCAGGUCUCAACCCGAUGGUAUCGGGCUCCAGAGAUUCUCUUUGGCAGCCAGAAGUAUGGAACCGGAGUGGAUAUGUGGGCGGCAGGCUGUGUAGUAGCGGAGAUGCUACGCGGUGUGCCUCUGUUUGCGGGAACCACCGACAUCGAGCAAUUGGCCAUCAUCAUUCGCACUUUGGGCAGCCCACGUCUGAAUCAGUGGCCGGAGCUGACUUCCCUGCCGGAUUACAGCAAAAUACGAUUUCCCAACUCCGUGGGCAUUCACUGGGACAACUUGUUUCCCAGCUGCACACAUGCGGUGGAAAUCAAUCUGGUCUCGAAUCUGGUGGUCUACAAUCCUAGAAACCGACUCAAGGCCAGCGAGGCCGUCGAGCAUGACUAUUUUCACUAAUUAUAAGACUAUUUACACGGACAUUGCUAGCAACUAAGAGUUUUCCGAUUCUUUGAAUCUACAAGG